AGCUUAUAUUGUCGUUGAACCCAGACCCUGCGGAAGUUGUCAUACACAAGAGAAGAAUUCAUUCUCGCUGCCGAUCUUUCACUUCGACGUAGGCGAGAGAAGUGAAAGCUGUUGUAAACGAGAAGGGAAGUUCACUCUGAUUCAGACAAGAAAAGACCCCAGGGAAAUCUCUCCGAAUAUUCUGAGAUCAUCGUUGCUCGUCAUAACAAGGUAACAGUAAUGACUCUGCAGCCGUUUACAAACGAACAGUUAAAUUACUACAAGUUCGCUUCUGUCGUGAUCAAUGAAUUUCCAAGGGUAUUACGUCAAGCUUUCAAAACUAGGUGGGACAACACCUUGAGACAUCUUCCUGGUUUCCAGCCCUGGGAUGACUCCGUUGCCGUGCGGAAUCUGUUCCUUGCCACAGAGGGUGGAUCAACUAAAGUCCCUACUAAUCUUUCGUAUGAUUCCUGGGAUUGUACUGCCUUGUUCCAAGCCACCAUCUUCGCAAAGUCCUUUUCUAUGCCAGACGGCAGAGGACAUCAGAGAACACUCAGCUAUUUGUUCGUGAGACCCCAUGGACUCCCUCCCGGAAGUUUCCAUGCUUCUGUGAUCAGCUCAACUGGGAACGAUGCUGAGUCCUUUACUUUGGCUAUCGAUCAACUGCGACUUUUACGAAAUGCGUUCUGCCACGCACCAAGCUCCGAGAUCCGAAAAGCAACAUUCGACAUGUACAUCCAACUAACCAAAGACGCGUUCCAAGCCCUUGGUGUCUCAUCCAGCUGUGUGAAUACAAUUGGAAGUUUAACUGAGGCAGAUUUCCCAAUAGAAAAAGUCCGCAAGCUCGAGGAUGAGAUCAGAAAAGAGGGUCAGGCUGAAAAUGUGUUCCUCAAAGACCGAGUAGAAAAUAAGCUGAUGGGUAUGAUGUCUGAUAUCGCAGAAGCAAACCAGGAGCGGCGGGAUGAGGCAGAACGGACAGUGACAGAGAUAAAAGAAGGGUUCCGACAGCUGAAAAUGCAAAAUGAAGAACAGAAAGAACAAACUUUGGAGUCAGUGGAAAGAGCUAUCAGGUCUCAUAAUGCGCAAUCGAAGCGAGCAAGAGAAGAAGAAACAGCACACGUAGCCAAAGAGAGGAAGGAGGACAUUCAGCUGUUGGAGAACCAGUUGCAAAGGCACAAUGAGGAAAUGAGAAAGGAGGCGUUGGAGCUUAAAGAAACUAUCAGGUCUAAAAUCGAUCAAUCAAACCAAGCAAGAGAGAAAGAUGCAGCAUCAGCAGCUCAAGAAAGAAAAGAAGAGAUUCAGGAGUUGAGGAAACAAUUGGAGUUGGCAACAUCAUCUGUACCCCAACAAGAAAUGAGUCAGGAACUUUCUGAAUUGAACCAAAAGAUUGAUGACAUCACCAUAAAGACCACGAAACAAGAGUUUAAGCCCGCUCUACCAAAAUCAAAUCUUCCCUCAAUGGUUCCUCACUUCACUGGGCGCGAGGAGGAGUGCAACGACGUCAUUGCUCACGUGACCAACGAAGCCACUCGCCUCGUUUCCAUAUGGGGCUCGCCAGGGUUCGGAAAAACGUCGACUGCAAUCGCCAUAGGACAUCGCCUCCAAGCGCAAGGCCUGCCGGUAUACUUUAUUUCGUUACGUGGCCUAAGGUUAAAGAGUGAUCUAACGUCAAGAUUUCUUGGACUGUUUACGCAUUCUGCGACAGCAUCCCAGCGUUUGACAGCAGAUGACGAACUUUGCUCAAUUUUGGCUCAAAUUGCAAAUCCCUUCGUUUUCAUCCUUGAUAAUGCCGAUGAUCUUUUUGAAAGUGGCCUUCCGAACGUCAAAGAGGAAGUUGUUGAUUUAAUUGGAGAAAUUUUCAAUUGCACCCAUAAGGUAACGUUUCUUCUUACCACAAGGGAAUCAUGUCAAUUCUUAAAUCUGCGCUUCAAAGGACACAAUGCUUUAAGAAUUAGAGAGCUGGAUGAGCAAUCCUCUUCAAAACUUGUUCAAGCACUGCUUCCAGAAGCGAGUAAGUCUGAUUGUAUAAAAGUUAGGCAGAUUUGCGGGAGUGUACCAUUGGCCAUGAAGUUGUUGUGUUCCUCCAUUUCGGGGGAUGCUACCGGAACAUCAAGUGGGUCUGUUGACAUGUUCUUGAGUACCACAUAUAAUAUUCUGGAAAUGUUGGACAACCCAGACUAUCCCAGCAAUCAGAGGUUGAAGUAUCUUUUUGACGCCUCUUUUCAGAGACUUUCCGUAAAGGAAAGAGAAGCACUGAUCUCACUUUGCAUUCUUCCCAACCACUUUGACCUACGUGUCGCAUCAGCUGUGUUAGGAAUGAAAACAAUUCAAGCUGCUAGAAUGCUGCAGAUACUCCAGCGAAAAUCCCUCAUUGAUUCGAGUACCAAAGCUGAGAAAUACUCCAUCCAUAAGCUGUUAUUGUCAUUUAUACAGGAAAAAGGGGAAAACGAAAUGAAAGAAAUGGUUCUCAACGCUAAAGUGCGUUUUUUUGAACUGCAUGUUUCCCUCUUCGAGACGCUAACAGAAAAAUUUCUCACCGGACGUUCCAUGUCGGCUUUCCUUGAGUUUUUUCAGAAAGAGGAAAGUUUCGUUCAAAGUCUAAUUGACGGUUGUCUGGAGAAAAGAACCGUAAGUAAAGUUUGCAAGGUUUUGAUUAAAGCUGAAAUGUAUCUCUGCUUUCUUUACUGGCAAGAUUAUACUAUGAUUGACAUCAUUUACGAAACAGCAAUAAAGGCAGCCAAUGAUCACAGUUGGCUUUACCCUGUCCACAAACGACUGCUUCUGUCGAAAACGUAUGGUAGCUUGGUUAUGGGCGCAGCUGCAGAGACGGAGAGGCUGCUGUCGGUGAAUAAGCAGGUUCAGUGGUCUACUGCCAUCCAAGACACAGAAUUGCAAGGAGAAUUCUUGACUUACCAAGGAUUGUACAAAAUGUUUAUCGGGAGAGUUGAAGAAGGAGUGAGACAUUUAGAAGCAGCGCUUUCGUUAAUAGAGACAACUCCAAAGCACAGAAUCCUAAAGCUCAUUAUUCUCCAAGUUCUUGCUCUUUAUCAAAAUUCCAAAAGGAACCCGUUAAAGUCACUUGACCUUUACAAAAGAGCAGUAGAUGAAUGCAAAGCAAUGGGAGACAUGGGCUUAGUAGUAAUUCCGGAGAUCGAUGAAACCAGGAGAGAAGAAGACAGGAUACAUCUAAACAAAACCAGACUGACCCAUAACCAGCCACUUCAAACCGAAGUUCUCAUUCUCGUGAGUCAAGCAGUAAAGAACAUCUCCACUGAUAAAACCAGCCAAUUCUUUAGUAAUUUACUGCUGCAAAUACUGACGGAAUCUGACUCUGCCAUACCAACUGGUGCAACUG